CCCCCACUCCCCCCACCCCCGCCCCCGCCCCCCCCACCCCCCUCCCCCCCCAGCCCCCCACCCCCCCCCCCCGCACACCCUCCCCCCCCCCCCCCCCGCCCCUCCCCCCCGCCCCCUCCCCCCCCCCCCCCAUCCCCCCCCCCCCCCCCCCCUCCCCCGCCCCCCAACCCCCCCCCACCCCCCGCCGACCCCCCCCUCCACCCACACCCCAUCACCACACACCCCCCCACCCCCCCCCCACCCCCCCACCCCCACCCCCCACCCAGCGUCCGCCCAUCCCCCGCCACCCCCCCCCACACCCACACUCCCCUCCCCCCCCCUCCCCCGCGCACCCCCCCCCCGCCCCCCCCUCCACCGCCCAGCACCCCCGCCCCCCCCCCCCCUCCCCCCCCCCCCCCCCCCCCCCCCCCCCCCCCCCCCCCCCCCCCCCCCCCCCCCCCCCCCCCCCCCCCUCCCCCCCCCCCCCCCCCCCCCCCCGCCCCCCCCCCCGCCCCCCCCCCCCCCACACCCACCCCCCCCCGUCCCCCCCCCCCCCCCCCCCCCCUCCGCCCCCCCCCCCCCCCGCCCCCCCCCCCCGCGGACCCCCCCCCCCCCGCCGCCCCCCCCUCCCCCCCCCCGCCCCCCCCCCCCCCCCACCCCCCCCCGCCCCCCCCCCCCCCCCCCCCCCCCCCCCCCCCCCCCCCCGCCCCCCCCCCCCCGCGCCCCCCCCCCCCCCCCCCCCCCCCCCCGCCCCCCCCCCCCCCCCCCCCGGCCCCCCCCCCCUUCCACCCCCCACCCCCACGCCCCCCCCCCCCCCCCCCGCCCCCACCCACCCCCCCCCCCCCCCCCCCCCCCCCCCCCAACCCCUCCCCCCCCCCCCCCCCCCCCCCCUCCCCCGCCUUCCCACCCCACCCUUCCCCUCCCCCUACACUGUCCUUCCCCCACCCCCCCCCCCCCCCCCCCCCCCCCCACCCCCCCACCCACCACCCCCCCCCACCCCCCCCCACCCCCCCCCCCCCCACCCCCCACCCCCCCCCUCCCCCCCCCUCCGCUCCCCCGCCCCCCCACACCCCCCCCCCGCCCCAC